GUAGGGAUGUUAAUCCUAGUUUGACUCUGAUAUGGACCACAUUCUUAUCAUUCCAAACAUUCUGUUAUCAACAAAAGAAAGUCAUCAUAGAGUUCUUGUAAUGUCCGUUUUAAUAGUUCGAAUAAAAAGCUUUACAGCCCUCUAACGUUCUCUUUGUAUUCGAUAAUAAAAUGGAUGAGUUUAACAACAACACUUCCACAUUGCUUGGCUUGCAUAAUAUUUCACUGAGAGACGUGGGCCAUUCUUCAUCAAUGGUCAUCAUAGACUCUCUGAUCACAGAUUAUCAGUUCGCCCUCAUCAUGGCCGCUUACUCGGCGCUCGGAAUAUUCGUCUCGUCUUUCGGACUGGUCACCAACGCCAUCAACAUUAAAACGUUUAUUUCCAUGGGAGUCGAUGGCGGUCUCAACUUGUCUUUCCUUUUCCUUUCGUGUUCCGAGUUCGUUUGUUUUCUGGCCGCGCUGGGCUACGAGAUGGCCAUGGCCUUCUGGGUGACGGAGAUUGUGACUAACUACAAGAUAUGGUUUGAUAUUCACCCGUACGCUAUCAACAAUUUCUUCGGGAAUGUCCGAAACUGUCUGUUUGAGAUCCCCGUCCUGAUCACAACGUAUCUCUCCGUCGCCAAGUGCAUGUGUGUGGUGAGGCCGCUACAUUUUAAAAAUAUGUUUUCGAUUUCAAAAACUUUUUGGGUUAUGAUUGGAAUUUCAGUGUUCGCCAUCGGAAGUGACGUGCCGGUAUUAGCCAACAUGGGAGUGACGAGACAGUUUGACAAACAAAUCAACAAAACCCGACCGAUGCUGUGGCUAUCGCCACAUCGAGAUAUCAUCAAAAAUAUCGUGUGGUUAUCCAGAGACUCAAUCCCAGCAAUACUUUCUCAGGCCAUCAUCAUCGUCUGUGUCGUUGUCAUGUCCAACACACUCAGAAAGUCUGCCAAAUUUCGCGAAACUUCUUCAUCCAUCCGUGUCACAGAUCGUGAAAAUGGAUUAGAUUCUAGAAAAGGUAGGAAAUCUGCAGACGUUAGAAGUAAUAAAGAUCUCCAGGUGAUCAAACAGGUCGUGGUGCUGUCUGUUGUCUACAUUUUAGGCAACACGCCGAAGAUUGUCGUCUUCACAGCCUUGCAGCUGGUGCCAGACUUGACCCUUGGCAGACGCUACCAGAAUGUCUACAUCGUCAUCAUGAACGCCAGAGAACUUUCUGAAAUGAUCAUGUCGGCUGUCAAUCUUCUCAUUUACUACAAGUACAACUCAAAGUUCAGACGCCACUGCCAACUAAAUUUUUUUGCUUCGAAAUAG